AUGCUGUUCGCCGUGCUGUUCGCGGCGACGCGAUUCUUCCAAAUCAUUACCUUGAUCCCGACAAUGGGCAUGCUCGCCUGGUUCGUCGACGGCUUCGUAAAGCAUAACGUCAUCGUACCCGAUUCCAUCCUUGUCCUCUUCAUCGUCUCCGUCCUCGCCCUCGCUUGGGCCAUCUUCACCCUCUUCAGCUAUCACCGCAGCAGCACAAACGCACUUUUCGUCGCAGUCAUUGACCUCGGGUUCGUCGGCGCCUUCAUCGCCGCAGUUUGGUACCUGCGCGGCAUCAAUUACGUCAACUGCACCAACCUCGCACGCGACGGCCGCUGGGCCGCAAACUUCCCGGGCCUCUUCACCAUCUCCGGCCCCCGCUUCAAUAUCUUCACCGACAAGCCCUGCGCCAUGCUCAAGGCCUCAUGGGUAUUUGGCAUCAUCAACACCAUCCUCUUCUUCUUCACCGCAGUCCUCGCCUGGAUGCACGGCGACCGUCUCUCCUCCAGCUACGAGCGCAAGUCCUACCACCACGGCCGUCACCGCCGUCACCGCUCUCACAGCCACCGCUCCCACAGCCGUCGCAGCUCCCACUCCCACUCCCACUCCCACCGCCGUGUCUACGUCUGA